AUGGAUAAUUCGACGGAAAAACGACUGACUCGUCUUGCGAUCACUGUACCAUCAGCUGAAUGUUUGAUUGGUCCCAUGACCUGCCAUUUCUCAAAAUUUGAUGGUUGGACUGGCUCACGAACACGUAAAGUCUCAUUAUCCUUCGCAACAAUCGCGGACCCCAGUGCUACCGCUGCGCCACCGCAGACUGAACGAGUCCUUAUUUUACUGGCUGCGUAUCGUACCCACCACAUCGUGAAAAACUGGAAAUGCAGAACCGAUCAGGAACGAGUGUAG